ACCCUCGCCCUUACCCUCCUCCUCCCCCUUUCCCACCUUGCUCGUACAAGUCACGCACGCGCCCUCUCUCCCCCGAAAUUGCGUGCACCCCCCCACCAACGGCUCCACGCACGUGGACUAGUUACGGACGCCGUGGUCAGCCUCGCAUUGUGGCCCCCCGAAAGCGGCGAGGCUCCCGCGUGCCUUCGACGCGCCGUGCGAAGCCGGCAAAAUCUUUGCUCCUGCUUCUCCAAGCGCCGGCGUUUAGGGCCAGCGUGUCGAAUCGACCGUGUCGUGGUCUCAAACUUGAAGCGUGAUUACGGCCGAACCUCUGGACAGACAUGACGUCGCUACUAGCGUCCGGAAUAAUAUCGCCGAUCGUGGACGCGUACCGGUACAUGCUGUCUUUACGGGACCCUCGCACGGAAGGCUGGACCCUCGUGGCAGACGCCAAGUUUGUGUUCCCGCUGCUCUUCGGCUAUAUCUACGUGGUCAAGAUCGGCGGCCCGCGAUGGAUGAUGAACCGCAAGCCGUUCGAGCUCAAACCCUUCAUCAUGGUGUACAACUUGGCGAUGGUCAUAUUCAACAUGUUCUUCUUCUACCAGUACAUUCGGCACUCGUACCUCGGCGGAGGUUACAACGUCUUCUGCCAGGGAGUCAGCUAUUCCCGCGAUCGUAACGCCAUGGCCAUUCUCGAACUGACGUGGUGGUACCUGCUGGUGCGCAUCGCCGACUUCUUCGACACCUUCUUCUUCUUGGCGAGGAAGAAGUUCUCCCACAUCACCGUGCUUCACGUGCUUCAUCAUUUCCUCGUGGUGUUCAGCGGCUGGCUCUGGAUCACCUUCGGCUGCGACGGCCAAGUGCUCAUGGGCAUCUGCUUCAACUCGUUCAUCCACAUCAUCAUGUACUCGUACUACUUCCUCAGCGCCCUCGGUCCUGAGGUGCAGAAGUACCUGUGGUGGAAGAAGUACCUGACCCGUCUGCAGAUCUUCCAGUUUGUCUUCCUUACCCUUCACGUGUCGAUACCGAUCUUCUACGACUGUGGGUACCCCAAGAUACUUACCGUGCUCGCGUCGGCGCAGGGCACCCUGGGACUUGUGCUGUUCAUCAACUUUUAUGUCAACGCUUACGCCUCGAACCGGAACUUGGACUUCUGCACAGUGCAAGGAGACAAAAGGGAUUAACUUCUCUGAGGUGCGUGACGCUCUGAGUUGUGAGUGAAAAAGAUGGGGACCACACGCAGAUGGCGGCUUCGGCGAACACCGCCGUCAUGGGCUUCGAGUCUAGUUGUAAAAAACGAGCCGAACUGCGGACUGCAACGUGAACUUCACCAAUGACAAGAGUUCCGGGUUCGAAUUUACAAAGCCUUUUAUUAGUAAGAACCCUAUUUUUUCCGCUGUGAAUUUUUUUUUGCAUGGAAUUGUCCUUACGAAAUGUUCUUGUGCACAAGGGGCUUUGUGAAAUCGGGUUCUUAGCUUGUUGUUACGUACCUUGAAUUUCUAGUUUGUCAUAGCUGCGCUCACAUUUGUGCCGUGUUCAAUGUGUUUAUCACUAUUGUUAAUGUGAGCGCUCAUUAUUUUGUGUACGUGUGACAUAUGUUGUAACCCGCAGCACUUGCAAAGCUUUAAACUUGUGCAACCAUUUCCUACCGAUGUAACAGAGGCAUUGUCUUUCGUAUAUGUUGCAUUCUUACCAACGUAAAUGUCGCAUUUUAGAGCGUAACGCCGUAAACCUUAACAUUGCAAUGACGCCAUUUCAUCGUUUCUAGGAAUAGGAAAUUGAUGCUACAAUGGGUAGUUGCGAAAUGAUAAGGAGAGUUUGUAAAGUACAAACUUACCAGAUUACCUUUAUGAUCUUCUAGAAAGAUCAACCUUCUAACCUCAAGUACUACGUGAAAAUAUAAUCUUUUUAUGACGAAACACAGUACCUUCAGAAGGGACACUAAACCACCCAGUUCAUAUCGGCGCAUCUAAUAAAAAGCGAAAUAACGUCGAUCGAUGGAUAAAAUUCGUAAUCCUGGUUUAAUUACGGCAGAAAGCUAGUCACUGUAAUUUAAAGCUGUAAGAAUGAAGUUUGGCACUUCCACCUGUUUUUGCAAUCACUAAGGCUUCACGAGAGUGCUUGUUUUGACGGGUUUCUUUAGCAAUUUGUGGCACGAAUAAACAUUCUAAACGCUCAU